UAACGGUGAUCUCGGUUGUGAUUCCGUUAUCACCGUCUGUUGUCUGAAUCUUUUUUGGUUUUAGAUUGCCAACCAUAGCAAAACGUACGUUUUUAUGUAUGGCCCUCCUCUCUCGACGUCGCCAGUUGUAGCAGUCCAUGAGCGCGCUUUCAAGCUAAAAGGUAAGCUACUACUUUGUCAAACUUUGGAUCAUGGAUACCUCGGCUAGCCGCCUCUGUUUUGGGAGUGAUUUGCUCGUGUGACGCGCGCUCCAUCACCGACACCUUGCUAUUAGUAGUAAACGGGAUCCCUCAAGAAUUGGACAGUAGAUGUAAUGCUUCUCUGGUCGCUCUUUCGACUCAAGACGCACAGAAAAAGGUAGAUAACCGUAAAAUGCAGAAGAGCGUGCGUUACAACGAGGGGCACGCUCUCUAUCUGUCGGUGGUCGCGCGGAAAGAGGGCUCCAAGCGAGGCGUCCUGAGCAAGAAGACGACCGAGAACAGCCGCUGGAGCGACAAGUUCUUCGCCCUCUACCAGAACCUGCUCUUCUACUUCGAAAACGACCAGAGCACGCGACCCUCGGGGAUAUACCUGCUCGAGGGAUGCACGUGCGAGAGAUCUCCCGCGCCCAAAGUGUCCUCCUCCGUCAGCAAGGAUCCCGUGGAUAAACUGCAGCAGCAGCACUACUUCCUGGUGGUGUUUGGUCAUGAUGGACAGAAGCCUCUGGAGCUGCGGGCAGAGGAGGAGACGGAGUGUACAGACUGGGUGGAGUGCAUCCAGCAGGCCAGCUACUCGGACGUCAUGGUGGAGCGGGAGGUGCUGAUGCAGAAGUACAUCCACCUGGUGCAAAUCAUGGAGAUGGAGAAGGUGGCGGCCAAUCAGCUGCGCACACAGCUGGAGGACCAGGAGACGGAGAUAGAGAGGCUGAAGUCGGAGGUGUUGGUGUUGAACAAAUCCAAGGAGAGGUUGCGACCGUACCAGAAUAACCAAGAAGAGGACCCUGAUAUCAAAAAGAUCAAAAAGGUUCAGAGCUUCAUGAGGGGCUGGCUGUGCCGCAGGAAGUGGAAGCUGAUCGUGCAGGACUACAUCAGCUCGCCGCACGCCGAGAGCAUGCGCAAGAGGAACCACAUCGUGUUCAACAUGGUGGAGGCGGAGACUGAGUACGUGCACCAGCUCUCCAUCCUGGUCAACUGCUUCCUGAGGCCCCUGAGGAUGGCCGCCAGCUCCAAGAAGCCCCCCAUCAGCCACGACGACGUCAGCAGCAUCUUCCUCAACAGUGAGACCAUCAUGUUCCUCCAUGAGAUCUUCCACCAGGGCCUCCAAGCCAGGAUAGCCAACUGGCCCACGCUGGUGCUGGCGGACCUGUUUGACAUCCUGCUGCCCAUGCUGAACAUCUACCAGGAGUUUGUGAGGAACCACCAGUACAGCCUGCAGGUGCUGGCCAACUGCAAGCAGAACCGGGACUUUGACAAGCUGCUGAAGCAGUAUGAGGCCAACGCGGCCUGUGAGGGCCGCAUGCUGGAGACCUACCUCACCUACCCCAUGUUCCAGAUCCCCCGCUACAUCAUCACCCUCCACGAGCUGCUGGCCCACACGCCCCACGAGCACGUGGAGCGCAAGAGCCUGGAGUUCGCCAAGUCCAAACUAGAGGAGCUCUCAAAGAUGAUGCACGACGAGGUCAGCGACACGGAGAACAUCCGCAAGAACCUGGCCAUCGAGAGGAUGAUCGUAGAGGGCUGCGACUUCCUGCUGGACACCAGCCAGACCUUCGUCAGACAAGGCUCUCUGAUCCAGCUGCCGUCCAGCAGCGAGCGGGGGGUGCUCAGCAAGGUGCGGCUGGGCUCGCUGUCCCUCAGGAAGGAAGGGGAGAGGCAGUGCUUCCUGUUCACCAAGCACCUCCUCAUAUGCACCCGCUCGUCUGGGGGGAAGCUCCACCUGCUCAAGCAAGGAGGAACCUUGUCCCUGAUAGAGUGCACACUCAUCGAGGAGGUGGACGCCAGCGAUGAGGACUUCAACGCAGCGGGGCAGGGCUCCAAUCACCUGGAGUUCAAGGUUGUGGUGGAGCCGACAGAAGGUCCGUCUUUCUCUGCCGUCCUAUUGGCUCCUUCGAGACAGGAGAAGGCUGCCUGGACCAGUGACAUCAGUCAGUGUAUAGACAACAUCCGAUGCAACGGCCUCAUGACCAGCGUGUUUGAGGAGAACUCCAAAGUCAGUGUGCCUCAUAUGAUCAAGUCAGACGUCAGGCUCCAUAAGGACGACGUGGACAUCUGCUUCAGCAAGACGCUCAACUCGUGCAAGGUGCCGCAGAUCCGCUACGCCAGCGUGGAGCGCCUGCUGGAGCGGCUCACCGACCUGCGCUUCCUGUCCAUCGACUUCCUCAACACCUUCCUGCACACCUACCGCAUCUUCACCUCCGCCGCCGUGGUCAUCGACAAGCUGGCCGACAUCUACAAGAAGCCCUUCACCUCCAUCCCCGUCAGGUCUCUGGAGCUGUUCUUCGCCACCAACCAGGGCGCGUGGGGGGGCGACACCCUGAACACCAAGUCCCCGAGGCUGUCCCGCAAGUUCUCCUCCCCCCCGCCCCUCUCCAUCCCCACCUGGAGCUCCUCCCCCGUCAGCUCCCGCAAGCAGUCCCUCAACUCCCCCGUCGGAGGCGGGGCCAAGGCCUGGGGGGCCGACCACUCCCCCACGCCCUCCUCCUCCGCCGCCAGCUCCCCCACCUCCACCCACUUCCCCGCCGUCUCCUCCCCCCCGCCCGGCUCCCCCCGGCCCCCCGCCGGCUUCUGCUCCUCGCCGCCCCCCACCGCCACCCGCUGCCCCGGCUUCCCCCUGCAGGCGGUCCCCCCCUCCUCCCCCCCGCCCACCAAGGCCCUGCUGGAGCUGAGCAGGGCGCCCGGCUCGCCGGACCCCCCCGGGGAGGACGUGAGCGGGGAGCUGCCCAGGAUGGACGCCUUCUGUGGGAAGCUGCGGCGCAGCAUCCGCCGGGCUGUCCUUGAGACCGUGUCCCUGGACAAGUUCAUCCCAGAGUCCCCGGCAACCAGCGAGUCUGGGGACCUGUCUCCCUGCCGCUCUCCCUCCGCCUCCAGACACAUGCGCUACAGACAGACAGGUACCUCCUCAGGGGAGAACUCUCGCUGCGCUGUGUCCCCGGCCUCCGCCUUCGCCAUCGCCACUGCCGCCGCUAGUCAUGGCCCCUCCCAAGGAGUGUGUAGCUCAGAGAGGACGUGUGACAAGGAGUUCAUGAUACGACGGGCUGCCACAAACAGGGUCCUCAACGUGCUGCGCCACUGGGUCUCCAAGCACUCCCAGGACUUUGAUAUGAACAGUGAUCUGAAGUCGGGGGUUGUCUCUCUCCUGGACGAGGUGUUAAGAGACCCAGACCUGCUGCCCCAGGAGAGGAAGGCUACCACCAACAUACUGAGUGCUCUGUCUCAAGACGAACAAGAUGAAUCACAACUGAAGAUUGAGGACAUAUUGCAAAUGGCAGAGAGUCCGAAGGCAGAGUGUUUGGAGUCUCUGUCUGCCAUGGAGCUGGCUGAGCAGAUCACCCUGCUGGACCACAUCGUGUUCAGGGGCAUCCCCUACGAGGAGUUCCUCGGGCAGGGCUGGAUGAAAGUGGACAAGACGGAGAGAACUCCGUACAUCAUGAAGACCAGCCAGCACUUCAACAACAUGAGUAACCUGGUGGCGUCUCAGAUCAUGGCCAACGCCGACGUGGGCUCGCGGGCCGGCGCCAUCGAGAAGUGGCUGGCGGUGGCGGACAUCUGCCGCUGUCUGAACAACUACAACGGCGUGCUGGAGAUCACCUCGGCCCUGAACCGCACCGCCAUCUACAGGCUGAAGAAGACCUGGGCCAAAGUCUGCAGACAGACUAAGUCCCUGAUGGACAGGCUACAGAAAAUAGUGUCGUCAGAAGGAAGAUUCAAGAAUUUGCGAGAGACCCUGAAAAACUGUAACCCACCGUGUGUGCCAUAUUUGGGCAUGUACCUCACCGACCUGGCGUUCAUCGAGGAAGGGACCCCCAACUUCACCGCAGAGGGUCUGGUCAACUUCUCUAAGAUGAGGAUGAUCUCCCACAUUAUCCGAGAGAUUCGCCAGUUUCAGCAGGCCCCCUACAGGAUAGAACACCAGACCAAGGUCACUCAGUUCCUGCUGGACAAGAGCCUGGUGAUGGACGAGGACACCCUGUACGAGCUGUCACUCAAGAUGGAACCCCGGGUGGCACCCAGCUGA